AUGGCGCUGUCGAACGCACCGUCCACACAAGACGCCCAAGUAGCCGGGGUGGGCACCACUAGAACUGGUAAAGUCAUCCCAAUAAAGGACAUAGAGUCGGCAGAAGCAACUCGCAACAAUAUUGAAUGGCUGCACGAACUAAGAAAUAACAUGAAACUGGUCAAAGCGCGCUUCGGCGUCGUGGUACACUGGACCCUGACAGAGGACUUGGACCUCGAAAACGCCAAUGCACAGGCAAUCGAGAAAAUCAUGAAAGACAACGAUUCAAAUGAGCAAGGACCCCGGAUUGAGAAGAUUGCGUGGCUGAAGAAGAAGGACAAGGCACUGGGAGAUUAUGCAUCUCUCGGCAUCUGGUUCGACAGCACAGAAGGUGUUGAUUACGUUCUAGGCAAGGGCUACCUGCGAUAUAGCUCUGAUAAGGCUCGAAAACCGGAUGGAAACGCUUGA